AUGAUAAACGGGAUAGCAACCUACUUUCCCUCUCGCGUCUCACAAAUCAGCGGUGUGUCUCGCCCGGGCUACGUCAAAGGCUAUGACAAUGACACCAAGAUCCGAUACGAGACCGAUGGCCAGUCAUUCUACGCGCACCGCAGUGCUGAGCAAUUAUUUUCACCCAUAUCCGACCACUUUGACGUUGAUGAGUAUGAGUAUAGCCAAGAAGGCGAGCCGCACGUUGAAGAUCAAGGGAUCACUGCUCUACCGGCUAAACAAGUAAAGAGGAGGAGUAGUGUUACUAAGCUGGUGGAAAAGGUACUCUCCAAACUUGACGGGCUGGGGCUGACGAAGAAGCUCAAGGAGGAACGGAGGAGUAACAAGAAGAAGCAAAGAAAACAGGAUGUUGCUGAGUGA